GUCAUCACAAUUUCCCAGGCUUUUACAUUUGAAAUAGAAAACCAAGCAUAAACCAAAAAAAAAACCAAAAACAAAACAAAAGCAAAGCAAAAAAAGAAAUUUCGGCGCAGAAAGAAACAAAACCAAAUCCCUUGUAAGCAAAAUUAUUAUGGCACUUAGAAUUCAGGCAAAUGCCAAAUGGAAUAGUGAACGUGUUGCCAAAUUUCAUGCUGAUUUGCAAAAGAUUGAGAUACGUACUAUGCAUUAUUUGGGCUUAGCAUAUUUGGUAUUAAGCCAUAAGCCACAAUUGAAAUUGAAGGUGCCCCUCUCCACAUUGAACUAUGAUGAAGGCCAUCCAGGGGGAUUGGCUCUACAAUUGAUAUUCACCUGCCCGCGAAAUUAUCCACUGCAGAAACCCAAAGUGGAGAUUGUUGAGAAGCGUAAUAUAGCAAAAGUUCUGGAAGAAGCUCUACUGGAUGAGAUUGAUUUAACAUUGGAUCAGCAUUUUGGUUUGCAAAUGAUUGUGCCAGUGGUGACCAGAUUGCAAAUGUUACUGAAUGCAGCACUUAGACGUCAGACACUUGAGUCAUAGUUUAUCAUUAAUUGGACAACUUAUGGAACUUUGCAUUAACUUAUCUUUUUGUGUGCGCGUGCCAAAAAAGCUUUUCUCAAAAACA